AUGAGCGGGGGUGAGGUGGUUUCGUUGAGGGACCCAUUUCAGCUUGACCGUCUAGCAGAAGAGCUCGUCACCCGAGAACUGUUGCAUCCACGCGAUAUCGAUGACGAUGACGAAAGCAACCAUGACCUGCCUGUCUUCGAACCUCUCUCGCACAGUAAUCCCUACCUCACGGCCAAUGCAUUCGACAUUGAGCAAUUUCUUCUGUCCCGCUCGCACACCUCGCUACAGGACUUGCGGUCAGAACUGAGAGACUAUUUGGCUACAUUGAAGGAAGAACUGGUGAAGCUCAUCAAUGACGAUUAUGAGGCUUUCAUCAGUCUAAGUACCGAUUUGAGAGGUGAAGGCGUCCGCUUGAACAAGCUCAAGGCGCCACUGGGGGGAUUGAGGAUCCAGAUUCAACACUCCAAAGCACAACUGCAGGUCAUCCAGGAGGCUAUCAAGCAGAAGCUGGAGAAGCGCGCGAUCCUCAGAGAAGAAAAGGCUCUGUUGCAUCUUUUACUCAAAAUUUCAGAGUCCGUAACGCGUCUUGAAGGCCUUUUGCUCAUCUCAUCACCCUCCAAUGAUGUAUCAGAGCCAGCAAAUGAUUCGGCAAUCUCACUACACUCGGAAGACUUGAACGAUGACAAAACGCGUGGCAACCAAGCAAAACAUUUGCAUCGAAUAGCUGCGGAGUACACUCAGCUUCUAUAUCAUGCUUCCAAAGCUCGGGCAGACAAGUGUAUUUUUAUAGACGAAGUUCAAUGGCAAAUUGAUAGAAUUCAGUCUACACUGUCAUCCGACUUGGAUCAUCACUUCAGCGCAACCCUGAUCGCACUUACGGACGGUACCAAGCUUUCGGAAGCCGACAAAGCCAAAUUGCUGGCCGAUUUGACGGAAUGUCUUCGUACUUACGAUAUGCUAGGGCUUUGGGGAGAUGCAGAAGACGUCAUUAGGCGCGAUGUUGUUCGUCGUUUCGUUAGAAAAACUGUAUAUGUUGGUGCCCUUGCUGCUCCUCAUUCUCCUAUUAUCCCCCACACACCUAUCAAUUCGACAGCGGUUGCCUUCUUAUCAUCAGUGCCCUCACUACCCCGAACACCCUAUACACCUUUCACCGCCUUUCCAUUGAAGAACUCGUCACCGCAUUCGUACAUCCUUGACAAAUCCAUGUCACCAUUCUACUAUCUUCUGGAGCAAAGUGACGAACCGUUGGCUAAGCUAUACUGUCAAAUCUUACGGUUCGUUGAGAGAGAUCUAUGUAGAAUCAUGGACAUCGCGGAUAAGGUUGCGGUCAAGUCCUUCUCUGCUGCUAGGGCGGGUACUCCACAGCUACCUUCAUUCAAUAUUGAUGGUGAUGAAAAGGGGUUCAAGAUAAUGUCAAAUGUUGUUUGGGAUGAAUUUGGGAGGGCCAUCAUGGACGAGCUGGGCGGAGUCAUAUUCUCAGCAGGCAAACCCGGGGUCUUUCGAAAGAACUACGAAAUAACCCAAGCAUUCAUUCGCACCCUAGAAUUUUUGUCGCCAUCCGUGCACUCUGUUGAAAGCAUGCGGGCCCAUACCGUUUAUAUCGCUUUUGAACGACGAUGGCAGCUUCCUGUCUACUUUCAGAUGCGAUGGAAGGAAAUUGUCACCAAACUGGAAGAUGCUCUUUCCAAUACUCGGGUAGAACCGACCUCCGAAAAAGACACCGCUCCAUUUGUGACAGCACAGGCCGCGGCUGUUUGGAUGGCUGUCGCAUCAUGUUGGAGUGCCGAGAUCUAUAUUCCAGAUUUGAGUUACAGAUUCUGGAGAUUAACUUUGCAGCUUCUUAGCCGAUACAAAACAUGGUUGGAGCAGAGCCUCGCUGGGAUGGAGAGAGCACCUUCAGCCAUAGCAUCUUCGGUAAAUCCCCCCCCCUCCCCCACUUCUGACCUUCCGCCUCGUUCAUCAACACCUGUAUCUAACGAGGGCUCAUCUACCGAUGGUGCCACGUUUGAUGACGCAUCGUUACGCCAAUACGCGGCUACUAUUUCUGAUAUAAAGACUAUGCGAUCAUGUAUCUUAACCCUCUGGCGCGAACAGAUCAGUAUGAUGCUUCCUGAGCCCUCGAACAGCGCUGAAGACGACCUGAUUGAAUCCGAAGAGGUGCUUCAGCGGUCUCUGUCUUCUCUCAUGGCCAUGACUCCCUCUAUGUCUUCACAUAUCAUCUCAAUUUUGACAAAGCGAUGUUGUGAUGCGCUUCUUCCGGUUCGGUCCAUCCCGUCUCAAUUCAGAGCAAUGUCAAAUAAACGGAUGCCGACGGAACCAAGUCACUUCGUGUCUUCAAUUCUGCGACCCGUGAAGGUCUUCUUUGGUAUCGAUACAGGUGCUGGCGCUGGUACGUCGCUAAAGGUCGACUUUUUACCUUCCGCUUCCGGGGAAGUGUUUGAGAACGUCUGUCAAAGAUACAUCCAUUAUGUGACUGCCAUGAAGAAAACCGAAGAAUCGCUGCGACGACUGAAACGAGGGAGAAAACCGACAUUUUCUCUGUUCGGAAGUUCUACGGCUGGUGCAGAUGACGAAGCGAAAGAUGAAGAGCGGAUCAGAACUCAAAUGAGUCUUGACGUGGAGGCAUUUGGAAAAGAUGCCGAGAGCAUUGGUGUUAAAUGGGAUUUGAGUGAAUCAUACAGGGCACUGUCCACCUUGGUAGAAGCAGUGGACGGUAAGCCUUGCUCUCUUGUUCUCUUAUCAACAGUACUUAACUGACGAAGUAAAAGCUGAAGCUUCCUAGGGUGUUCGAAGCACGGGCAUGCAUUCAUCCAGUACUACAUUAAUAUCAUUGACCCUGAUAAUAUAACUUUGUUUGUUUGAAUACGUGUGGCAUGCCCAAAAUUAUCUUCAUUCAACUUGCGCAUUG